AUGACAUCGUCAACAUUGUGUGAAGAUGUUCUUCUCAAGAUCGCAGACACCGUCGGAGGAAGCGAUCUAGAGACCCUUUUGUCACUCUCCCUCUCCUGCAGGACACUACAGCAAGCCUGCCGUCCUUGGACAUAUCGGACCAUCCAUAUCAACCCAUCGCAUCCUCCUUUGGACGUGGCCGGAUUUUGCAGGAGACAUCCCAAUAUCGUUCGCAAAGCCACCACACUCUCCUUCCAAAACGUCGUAUUCGAAUACGGUGUCUUGCGCAUGUUACUGGAUACUUUGGGUUCUGUGGUCAAGUUGAAGUUUCGUUCCAUGUCAAUGGAGGUGGAGGAUGGUGCACCUGCAUUGCUUGGCCGUAUCAAGAUCGUGACCAUGGACCAGUGCGACUUUUCGAGGCUUGCAUUACGACUCAUCCUGGGUAACAGUUGUAUUGAGGAAUGGUCCUUGACAAGCUAUGCAGGUCUCCAUCGCCAUGGGGAGAGCGACAGUCCCACAUCACCUCUACCACUUGCAAGAUUAAGGGGGCUAAGUCUGGAUCUAUCCAACUUCCAGUGGAGCACUCCCCGGUAUUACCCCAUUAUACAGUCACCUCUAAACGAGCUCGUGUUGCUCCUUGAGCGAGCGCGGUCCUUGGUCACUUUCGAAGUCGUCUUUACACUGGACAUAGUUCUGUAUGUGAACAGAAUCAUUGAGCAGAAUGUGAAUACUCUCAGGUCUCUGAGUAUAUGGCAAGAGGCCUUCGAUGAAUAUGACCUGAACUCAUCGUGGGUCCAACCGCUGUUGCUCAGCAAAUGUGCUAUGCUUGCAGACCUCAUUGUUCACUGCUUUCAUGUCAAUAUUCAGGGCGUUGCUGCCACGCUAAGCGGAGUUCGUUCAUCGGUGAAGCGUAUGGAAUUCCAUGUGUACUGUAUCAGGGGCGCAUUAUGGCGUGGCUAUCUGAACAAUGAGGAUAUAGGAUUUCGUGCCUUCGACAUCUCUAUUUCUAAGUUGGCCUCUACAAAGUUGGUAUUACAUAUUCGGUUGGAAGGCGAACGACAGCUCCGACUUGUUAAGGACUGGGUGGAAGGCUUUCUUGCGUGCUCGAUCAAGGGUGGCAUGUUGUCAGUAGAAUGGACAGCUGCAACAGAUUGUCACAUGUACCAGGAAUAUGUCUGA